AUGGACGAGAAGAAGUUUGAGUCGAGCACGGUCCAAACGACCGCGGACCACCUGCCUGCGUACGGUGACUCUCAGGCCACCAAAGCCAGCUUCGGCCAGCGAUUCAUCGACAGCUUCAAGCGCGAUCCCAACGCCAAUGUGACCGGUGGACAUGGCCAUGCCGAGGGAGCCGAUGGAUCAGGUUUCGAUGUCGAGGGCGCCGCAGCCAACACGGCUAGAUCCCCGUUGCAGCGUCGGCUCAAGGGUCGCCAUCUGCAAAUGAUUGCCAUCGGUGGCUCAAUUGGUACCGGUCUCUUCGUCGGUUCCGGCUCUGUGCUGGCGACUGGUGGUCCCGCCUCUGUGAUUAUCGCCUACUGUCUGAUCGGUGUCAUGCUCUACUGCACCGUGCAUGCGCUCGGUGAAAUGGCUGUUUUGUUCCCCGUUGCUGGUUCGUUCGCGCACUACUCCACUCGUUUUGUGGAUCCCGCUUGGGGCUUUGCGAUGGGUUGGAACUAUGCGCUACAAUGGCUGGUUGUCCUGCCGCUAGAGAUCGUCGCUGCGUCCAUUACGGUCGACUACUGGAAUCCUGGUGUCUCGAAUGCGGCCUGGGUGUCUAUCUUCUGGGUUAUGAUCGUCUCGAUUAACUUGUUCGGUGUCCGCGGUUAUGGUGAGGCUGAGUUUGUCUUUUCCAUUAUCAAGGUCACUGCCGUCGUGGGCUUCAUCAUCCUCGGUAUCAUCCUCAACUGCGGUGGCGGUCCCGAAGGUGGCUACAUUGGUGGAAAGUACUGGCAAUCUCCCGGUGCCUUCAACAACGGCUUCAAGGGUCUGUGCAGUGUAUUCGUCAAUGCUGCCUUCGCCUUUGCUGGAACUGAGCUGGUCGGUCUCGCUGCCGCUGAGACUGCCAACCCCCGCAAGUCUCUCCCCACCGCUAUCAAGCAGGUGUUCUGGCGUAUCGCACUGUUCUACGUCGUCUGCCUGACUCUCGUCGGUCUUCUGGUCCCCUACGACAACGAGCGUCUACUUAGCGGAUCUUCCUCGGCCGACGCGAAGGCCUCGCCCUUUGUCAUUGCGAUCGAGAAUGCCGGUAUCAAGGGCCUUCCCUCGGUUAUGAAUGUCGUUAUCAUGAUCGCUGUCCUGUCCGUCGGUAACUCGUCUGUCUAUGGUUCCUCGCGUACCCUCGCUGCUCUGGCCGAGCAGGGCCAGGCUCCUCGCUUCCUGGCCUACAUUGACCGUAAGGGUCGCCCGAUUUGGUCUAUUGCAGUCGCCUCUGCACUGGGUCUGCUCUGCUUCCUCGCUGCCUCGGAUAAACAGACCGAUGCCUUCAACUGGAUGAUGGCCAUCUCCGGUCUGUCCUCCAUCUUCACCUGGGGCUCUAUCUGCUUCUGCCACAUCCGAUUCCGUCGCGCCUGGAAGCUACAGGGCCACAGCCUGGACGAGCUGGCCUUCCGCUCCCAGCCCGGCGUCAUCGGCUCCUGGAUCGGCUUCAUCUUCAACUGCCUCGUCCUCAUCGCGCAGUUCUGGGUCGGCUUCGCCCCCGUAGGAUACGGUGAGAUGACCAGUGCUGCGCGCGUCGAGAGCUUCUUCCAAUCUUACCUUGCUGCUCCCAUCGUCGUCCUCUUCUACAUCCCGUACAAGUUCUACUACAAGACCAAGAUUGUCCGCACUCGUGAGGUGGAUCUGAUCACCGGUCGCCGGGAUAUGGAUGUGCAGCAUCUGAUUGAGCAGGAGAAGGCCGAGCAAGCUGCCUGGCCUAUGUGGAAGAAGUUCUACAAACUCUUCUGCUAG